AUGCAUAAACCAUAUAAAGGACUAAUAGAUCCAUCAGGAUAUAAUUAUGGGGGAUAGAGUUUGAUGUUUUUUGAAAAAUACAAUCAUCGUGAAUAUUUAAAUAAGGUUAAAGCAUGGCCAUUAAAUCAUAUGAAAUACAUGGAAAGUGAAUAUCCAAUUCAAGAAUCUAAAUAUUAACCAUAUAAAAAUCCAUUAAUUGAUGAGAAGAUAGCUUUAGUAAAACCAAAGAAUGAAAUAAUACCUGAAAAUAAACCUCGUUUUUUUAGAAGAGUCUAAAGUUCAAUUGAUCCAGGAUUAUAAUAAACUCGCUAUUAACCUAAUUAAAUGUGGCCUAAACAUAAAAAAUAUAGAGAAAAAACAUCUGGGUAAUAUUUAUAAUAUCUGAACCCAAAAAAUGAUCCAUAUGGACAUAAAGAAUGUAUUUUUAAUUAAUAAAAUUUAAGCAAAAAUAAGAACUAAAAAUGAUCGAAAGGGAUUAUCAUAUGCAUCAAAUUUAAUGAAUUUCUCUUUUAAAGAGGAAACAAUACUUCAAGAAUUUGAUAAGUUAUUCUAAAGAUAAAUCAACUCAGGAGAAAGAAUUACAAUUGAAAUCAUUUAAUCAAUAGUAAUUUAAUUGGGUUAAUAAUUUAAUAUCAAAUCUUUAGAUACUUUUUCUAAAUUAUUUAAUCAUAUUUAAAAAUAAGGUUAACUCUCUAUUUAAGAUUUUUAAUAAAUGUAUACAAAUGUGCUCCAUCAUUUGAAUUGA